UGAAGGCGUGAAGGCACGCCGUGUUUCAGGUACUCUCGGCUGGCAAUCUCUGCAAAAAGAGAGCACGUGUGUACGGCAGUAGAGCGGGCUUCCUUGAUUUCCUUCUCUUCGGCGACGAUGGCGCCUGCAAACGACCUCGUGGAUCGCUUGAGAUCCUCCAGCAAGUUGAGGCAACCAACCCCAACAGAGGCAGCGUGGUUUAGUCUCCAAGCCCGCGCGGGGAAGGAUAGUGCCCCAGCGGUCGAUUCAGCUGCUCGUGUAUCAGUGAGACCCAGAUGCGCGUCUCUGUCUCUCAUCCUCCGUGAGGUGGACGGCAAGGUGGAAAUGUUGGUGAUCAAGAGAGCCGUCAGUCUUAGAGACAAAUGGAGUGGACACAUCGCUCUGCCGGGAGGGAGACAAGAGCCAGGAGAGACUGAACUCCAGACGGCCGUGCGAGAAUGCCAAGAGGAGGUUGGGAUCUCCUUGAUGUCUAGUCGUUUCGCCCUUCUGGGGAGACUCAAGGACUCCAAGACAAGCACCAGCAAAGACGCGCUCACAGUGUCUUGUUUCGCGUUCGUGCAGACCGACAAGUCGGAUAUACCUGUCACCAUCCAGGAGGCAGAAGUGGCCUUCGCGUGGUGGGUGGACACAGCAAUCUUCUACCCCGACCCUGCCCCGCGAGAGGUUGGCUUCGCUGUCACCAGCAUGGUCAAGGCUGCGCGGAAGCCGCACUGGAAGGGGCUCAUGUGGUUGUUCGGGGCAAACACCGUCUUCUUCCCCUGCUUCUUCCUUCCUCCACCUUCGGUGUCGGGACGGAAGCAGUCUCUAGUUGACGACUCCACGAUUGACGUUCCAACCCCGGUGGCGUACCCCCUGGAUGCGAAAACGUUUGUAAUGUGGGGGCUGACGUUCGGUGUUGUUUCUGACCUCGUCGUGGCCGGUGGCGGGCGCGGGUUUGCCCACCGCCAACCUCCGUACUUCCGGUUCCACAGCGUCCGGGCGGACACACUUGCAAAUAUGUUCUGCCGGAUUCGGAGAUGGCCCUGGAAUCUCAGGCGGGCUCUUUCUUCUUCUCUUGCGACGCUGCGCCUUCGCCAAUGA